AUUGUACGAGGUGUAUCUCUGUAGUAGAGCGAAAAGGGAUCACAAGACCCAGUGCAAAAGCCUUCCUUAAGGGGUGGCAAAGUACUGCGACCACCCCUUCGAGGGUAAGAGGGGUUUGUGGGGAGUGUGCGAGGUGUAAUUCCCCAGCUGGGCUACAAGAUAUCGCGAGACCCCAGUUUCACCCUCCCGGAAGUGGUGUCCAACAGUCGUUCCCACUCUCGAAGGUUCGACGGUACGAGGAGUUCGGGGGAACUGUGGGAGGAGUGAUACCCUAGCUGGGCUACAAGGUUCCCUGAAACUCAAGGUUAAACGCUUGAGUAAGUGAUGUCGGAAAGUCGUUUCCACUCUCGAGUGAAUCCCAUCUGACCCAGGAAGGCUCCAGCCAUGUCAAGCAAGGAGCAGAAGGCCAUGAAGAAAAGUGCCAAGCGCCCGAGGGUAGAUAAGACCCUCCCAUCAGAUGACUCGAGGAAUCCAGUUGCAGCCAAUCCUGCAGACAGUCCAGCUGUUGGUACCAGUGAGAUGGGCAGCCUUUCCUCAGGAUCAGACUUGAAAGAGGCCAGGGAGCCUGUUCCAAAGAGGAUGCAGAAUUUCAAAGGUGAUGUUAACAGGUUACUUAGGGAAAAGAGGAAGCAGUUUGAAAAGGAUGUAAAUGCCUCUUUCAGAAGCCUGAAUGAAAACCUCCAGGGUAUUUUGAAAGCUCAGCAAAACUCAAGGGAGGAGCUUAAGUCCAUAUACUGUGAAACGUUUGGGUCCCUGCACCAGAAGUGGCUGGAUGAGGUGGACAGAACAAAGGAUGAAGAAGAACACCUCAGCUUUUUAACUCAGAAGCAAAUGAAGAUUUUACAGACGGCUAUAGCGGAUCAUGAAACCAAGCUUGAAAACGCCAAAGAUAUGUGUGACACAUUUUUGAAGAAAGCCAAGGACUUGAGUCAACACCGCAAAACCUUCAUUGGCAGUCAGCAAACUAAAGUGGAGAAGGAAAUCGCCAAGGUGCAGGACAGAGUUAUCGUGGAAACGCAAGAGCAAGACGUAUCCGUUGUUCAAACAUACCUUCAGUCCCUGUUCCAUGACUGCUCUGAAGAAACCAUCUGAAGCUCACACGUAGGAUGCACAGGGAAGGGAGCAUUAGCCACGCUGAGAAGAAGUUAGUAGUAGUGGAUGCAGCUCCUUUCCCUUUACCCUUAUUUGUUACAGUUGACACUGUUAACCAUUAACGGAACCCCCAGCAGUUCUGUGAGUAGCAACACUUAAGUGUGGGACGUCCAGGCCCACGACAGCAAGGGAGAUACAUUCUGCCCGGUAGCAGCGGCAGUUACAUUUUGGAAGCAAAUGUCAUUUGAUUUUGUGGUUGGUUCUCUGUCACUUCCCCAAAGUGAAUGUCACCUUACUUUAGGAAGAAGUGAAUAAAGAUGGGACCCGUUU